UAUAUUAAAGGAUGUUGUUUUAUUAGUUUGCAAAAAUGGUUGUCCUUUUGAGGAUUAUUCUCCUAUUCCAAGUGUGUGUCGUCUUUACUUAUGGAUAUAAAAUCAUUGUCGAAGAGAAUCUACAAGAAGACUGCACUAUCUUUAACUUCACUGGUAUCCAUAAAAAAUUCGACGCCAUUUUGAACCCGAAAUUAUCUCAAACCAGUGCUUUAUAUUACGAUAAACAAUCAAAAUCUCUGAGAUAUUCACCAGCCAAAUCGUCCUGGACAGAUUUCACAUCAUUUGAAGUGACACUCCGGUCAAAAAAUGGCAAAUUUGAAUCUAUAAUACCAUUUUUUUUGGAAUUCGAAGCAUCAUUUAUCAAAAACUCUAAAAAAAACAUUUUAUCUAGACAAGAAAAGGCAGUCAACGUUUUUCUAAAAAGGAAAGAGUUUGAACGACUUCUUAGACGAGGUGUUCCAAGUCGCUGUCCAAACUCAUUAACACCAGCAACAUUAUGUAGUUGCCCAACCUUUCAUCGUAGAGUUUACAGCUCACGCCACCUUGCGUUUGACCAGACAAUUUUGGAGUGUAGAACAAGCAAUUUUACACUUCCACCCCAGGUUUCACGUGUUAUAGUCCAUUACUCUUCUGGACUCUCCCAUACUUUCGCUUCGAGAGGAGGCAGGCGUAGAAGGGGAACCUCUGACUACGUUUACUUCCAAGUUCCCAACAGAAGCGUUCGUAUAUCAGAAAACCUGCCCGCUGGUUCACCAGUUACAACCAUGAGAGCGUACGCCAGAAACGAAGUUGCCACACAAAACGUAGUGUACAGAUUAGAACCAAGACAAAAUCGCCACAGUCUUGAAUUAUUUCGAAUUGAUCCGCACACUGGAGUUAUAACCACGAAUAGUUCUCUUGACAGAGAGGAUAUGAGCAUCCAUUUUUUUAAUGUAUUCGCGGUAAGGCCAGAUAUUAACCAAGCCCGUGGUACCCUGAAGGUGUAUGUUAUAGACGUUAAUGACAACAGUCCUAUUUUUGAACGACCGUCAGGAUACAAUGUAGCAAUCCGUGAAAAUCAAGCGAUCAGGACCCAAAUUCAAACUGUGAAGGCAGAUGAUGCUGACAGUGGGAAAAACGGGGAACUGACAUACUCUAUUGUGCGUAGUGUGCCUCAUACCAAUGCUUUUGCUAUCACACAAGAAGGGAACCUUAUUGUAAAUGGUCUUAUUGACCGUGAGGCACAUUCACAGUACUUGUUAACAAUUGCGGCAAGAGACCAAGGCUCACCAUCUCGUAAUAGCACUGUACCAGUUACUGUUACCAUUGAGGAUGUAAACGACAAUCACCCACAAUUUACUAGGGCUCAGUACAACGUACGUGUGUACGAAAAUGCAAGAGUGAAUUCCAUAAUUGCUAAUAUUUCUGCUACAGAUGCAGACUCUGGCAUGAAUGGUUUAGUGUCCUAUGUCCUAUACUCUGGCCGCAGAACUUUCCGAAUAAACCCACAAACCGGAGAAAUUUCACUAAUUGCUCGCUUGGACUACGAAGUAACUAAAAGAUACCAGUUAAGGGUCCGUGCAACAGACAACGGCCGUCCUGCUCUCUCUAACACAUCAGGCUUAGUAAACGUUCAAGUUUUGGACAUAAAUGACAACACUCCGCACUUUAUAAGUUCACCAUACAACAAAGUGGUUCUCGAAAGUGCCCCUGUUGGUUCUAAGAUCCUCCAAGUUGAAGCAGAAGAUGGGGAUGCUCUUAGAUCUAGCUCCCGGAUCGCUUACACCAUCUUAAAUAGAGGAUCCCCAGUCCCUUUCCGGAUUGACCUACAAAACGGCACCAUACAGCUAUCCCAAAAAUUGGACCAUGAGAGGCAAGGCAGUUAUACAUUUACAGUGCAAGCUAGUGACCACGGGAGCCCACGACGCACCGCAACAACACAAGUUACCAUAAAUGUACGCGAUGUGAAUGACAACGCUCCAUACUUUACUUCAAACAGCUACCAGAAGCGAGUUGCUGAAGAUAUGGCUUUAAAAUCUCCAAUAAUAAACAUAGAAGCAAGGGACCCUGACACGGAUGCUACAAUCAGUAUUAGUUACAGAAUAAUUGCUGGAAAUCAAGAUCGAAAAUUCAGUAUAAUCAGUCGAAAUGGCAUUGGAAAAAUCAGCCUUGCAAAGGCAUUGGAUUAUAAUGAGCAACGCCAUUAUAGACUUACUGUUGAAGCCAGCGAUGGGUCUCUUAAAAACACAACGUUUGUAUACAUCAAUGUUACAGACACAAAUUCACAUACCCCAAUUUUCGAACCUAACUAUUACCCUGUGACUUUGCCUGAGAAUGUACCGAUAGGUCACUUGGUUGUACAAGUACAUGCGGUGGAUGGAGACAUAGGAGAUAAUGCAAGAAUAACGUAUUGCUUCUCAGAUGCUGUCAGCAAUUUUCAAAUUAAUUCCAACAAUGGCGAAAUCCGUACCCGACAAAAACUCGAUUUUGACAACCUUUCAAAAAUAAUGUUGGGCGUCAUUGCCCGUGACAAUGGUAUACCCCCUGAAGAAGACAGAGCUGUUGUGGAAAUAUCGCUCACGGACAUAAAUGACAACGCCCCUGUUUUUCAACAGACAAAAUACCAAGGAGAAGUAUCAGAAGACAGCAGAGUUUCUCAACGUGUGCUUACUAUACACGCAACUGAUCGUGAUUCCAGUAAUAAUGGCGAAAUAAGAUACACUUUUGAGGGGGGUAAUAAUGGAAACGGAUAUUUUUCUGUGGAUCCGCACAGUGGAGAUAUAAGAACAGCCCUACCGUUAGACCGUGAGCACAUAGACAAAUAUGACCUUGUAGCUUUUGCUGUUGACCAAGGAACCCCCAAAUUAAGCUCCUCAGUUGCUAUUACUAUAAACAUACUUGAUGUGGAUGACAAUCCACCAACAUUUAAAAACGACACUCUCUAUUUCAAGGUAAAGGAAGACGUGGACAUCGGGCACGUAGUGGCUCGUAUAAAAGCCACAGACCCUGACCAAACAACUUCGGAUAUUAUAUACGAUAUUGGUCACGACCCUGAGGUUUUAAGAUAUUGGAAACUGAACCCCGACACAGGAGAACUUGCGACAGUAGAUGUGUUGGAUUAUGAGAGGAAAAGAAAUUAUACGUUUAUAGUUUCAGCACUUUCUAAUGAACUAGUCAGCCAAGCUACAGUUCAUAUUUUAGUCCAAGACUGCAAUGACAACAAUCCUGUGCUGUCGGACUUUGAGAUUGUGUUUAAUAAUUAUCGGACACGCCUCAGUGAUUCUUUCCCUGUAGGGGUGAUAGGGGAAGUACCUGCCUAUGACCCAGACGUCAGCGACACCCUUACAUACAGGUUUUUAUCUGGCAAUGAUGGUAAAUUGCUUCUGUUACAACAUAACACUGGUGAAAUUGGAUUAAACAAGACGGCUCUUGAUAGUAACCGGCAAUUCUCUACCAGAAUGAGAAUUGAAGUAUCAGAUGGUCUUCACCGCACCCCUGCAUGGUGUACUUUAAGAGUGACUGGCAUCACUGAUGAAAUGCUUAGCCACAGUAUAACAGUGAGAGUCCUACAUAUGAAUGCUUAUUCCUUCCUAUCACCACUCAUGUACAGUUUUAUUGAUGGAUUGGCAAACAUUCUCAAUACAACGUCUAAGAAUGUAUUUGUUUUUAAUGUUCAAAACGACACAGACGUUAAGCAUGAGAUAUUAAAUGUGAGUUUUUCUGCUAAAAAGGAGAGAGGCGAAUUUUUUACGUCAAAGUAUUUACAAGACCAAGUAUAUUUAAACCGGCAGCGCCUAUCAGAGCUCACAACGCGCAAUGUGCUUCCAUUUGACGACAACAUUUGUCUUAGAGAGCCAUGUCAAAACUAUAAACGUUGUUCCUCUGUUCUAACAUUCGAUAGUACAGCACCAUUUGUUUCCUCAAGACUGAUGAUAUUUAGACCUAUCUACCCAGUUUAUAAACUCAAAUGUGAAUGCCCCAUUGGUUUCACAAACGACAUCAAAUGUGCCGAUGAAAUAAACAUGUGUUACUCGUCACCUUGUGUUAAUAAUGGGAAAUGUUUAUCACGGGAAGGAGGGUUCACGUGCAUCUGUCGUGAGGGAUUUGCAGGUGAACGUUGUGAAAUAAACAUGAAACAGGGCAGAUGCAUUGAUUACAUUGGUGUAUGUCGUAACGGUGGACAAUGUGUUGACGGACCUGGAUCUGACGAGUUUCAUUGCGUAUGCGCACACCCUAACCAUUCUACUGCUACUUGUGAGUUGCGAUCACGUGAAUUCAAUCACGGGAGCUUCCUCAUGAUGCAAGGUAUCACGAACCAGUGGCAUUUCACGCUUUCUAUAAGUUUUAGCACUACGCAAGAAAAUGGAUUACUAUUUUACAACGGCCGUUUAAACCACGAGCAUGAUUUCAUUGUCCUUGAGUUGGUUAACGGUCAAGUACAACUUAAUUUUUCCACGGGACAAAACUGGGACGUAGUUCAACCAUUUGUAGACGGUGGUUUAAAUGAUGGGACGUGGCAUACAGCUAAAGUGGAAUACUAUAAUGAGCGCAAACCGGGACCGCUCCCAACUGGUAUACGAAGUCGUUAUGGACCAUCCCACAACAAGGUAGCCAUACUAACUAUUGACCCCGAUAUAUGUGAUCCCAUGGUGGCGCAACAAUGGAAUGAAACGUAUGGGACUUAUAGUUGCUCCAAACAAGUCAAACAAAUGGGACAAAAAAGCACACAACAAGCUGCUUUUGUUGAAGAUGUAAAAAUCGGCUCCCUGGACCUUACCUCUCCUCUCUUCAUCGGAGGAGUCCCAGAUCUUCCAGAGGACUUUCAAGUCCGAUCUAAAUCCUUCACUGGAUGCAUAAGAGAUUUGUAUCUGGAUGGGAAGAUCCUUGAUUUGGAUAAAUUUAUCACGAAAAAUGGCUCUCUUAUUGGUUGCCCCUCAACAGAGACAAAGUGUCGACCGAACUCGUGUUAUAACGGUGGGACAUGUACUUCCACAUGGGAGGAUACACACUGUGACUGUAAAGAUGAAUUUACCGGAAAAAAGUGUCAGCACCAGAGCGAGUUAUUCAUGCAGUUAUUAGGAGUUGGUUGUGUGGAAUUCACUCAGAAGAAUCGUUUGCUACCAUUUAAACUACCAUGGAGGGUACAAGUAGAUUUUCGCACACGAGAUUUAAAUGCAAUUAUUUUACAUGUGGCUACUGCUGGUAUUCAGAUGGAUUUAAAGAUUGAAAACGGUUACCUUUGGUAUGUCGUCCAAUCACAUGUCCCGAUUCGUUUGGGAAUUUCAAACGCACCAAUCAAUGAUGGGGAAUGGCACCAUGUCACGGCUGAUUGGAUCGACUCUGGUUCUCAACGAGUAUUUGUCAAACUAAACUUAGAUUACAAUGCACAUCAGGCAAACGUUACAAGUUCGAGUGCUUCUUUACGUCAAAUGUCGAUUUCCCGUGUUAUGAUUGGUGGAAAAUAUUUAAGUGGGAGGACUAUAUCACCUUAUAAGGGAUGUGUGAAGGGUUUAAAACUCGGUCCCCCCAAUACUAUGUACCCUAUUUCGGACUCGUCACUUCGUCCUCAUGGUGGCGCUACACACAGACAAGGUUGCCGAGUCACUGAUGCAUGUCGAACACAUUCAUGUCCGAGAAACAGUGUGUGUGUUUCAACAUGGGGGGAUUAUGAAUGCAGGUGUAACACAGGUUACAUUGGGCAACACUGUACUUCAGUCUGUAGUUUAAAUCUUUGUCAAAAUGGUGGAAUUUGCCGAAAUAACAUCUCGGCCACUUACGGGUACUCUUGUGUGUGUCCACCGGGCUUUCGGGGCCCUUCGUGCACGGACAGGUACACCACAGAAUGCCCAAAGGGCUGGUACGGCACAGAAGGCACAUGCGCGCCGUGCAAAUGUUCAAUUCAAGAUAACUUUGACGAGGCGUGCGACAAAAUAUCAGGAGAAUGCAUCUGUAUGAGCAACCAUUAUUUCGUGUCCGCCACUGGUAAAUGUGAACCAUGUGGUUGCUAUCGACCUGGUUCGGUUGGUUUAAGUUGUACGGAGGAUACUGGGAAAUGUCAUUGUGUGUCUGGAGUGUCAGGCAGGCAGUGUAAUCUGUGUAUAAGCCAUUUAGCUGAGAUCACAAAUGAUGGUUGUGAAGUAUUAUACGCUGGUAAAUGUCCACGAUCAUUUAUUGGCGACGUUUUAUGGCCGAGAACAGAUUUUGGAAAGCAAAGUCCAGUUAAAUGCCCCCCUGGUUCAAAAGGCAUAGCAUACAGAAUGUGUGACACUGUACAAGGCUGGUUGAAACCGGAUUUUUCCGGUUGUGUAAGCGACGCUUAUUACAGCUUUGGGGUGAUUGUUGAAGACUUGGAAAAUAACGUGACAGAAAUGUCAUCGCCAAAGGCUAUCGAGCUGGCAUCAGAAUUAAGUGUCGCAACUAAAUCAACCAACAAAUUAUAUAAAAAAGACGCAAUUAAUUCGUUUCAAAUCGUACAAGAAUUGCUGACUCAUCAAAGCAAACAAAAGGAUUUUGGGCUUGCUGUGGCCGCUGACUCAGCAUUUACAGACCACGUUGCUGAAGCGUCCUCUGCGCUACUUAGCAACAACAGUUUGCAUUUCUGGUCGUCAAACAGCGACGAAAAACAUGACUCAGCGAACCCUUUAUCUGCCCCUGUGUUUAUUAAAGCAUGGGAGGGGUAUACAUCCACAUUGUUACAAAAUCUGCACAAAAUAUUUUACGAUUCAACAGUUGUUACAACAGACAACAUAAAUAUGAGCUUGUACAGCGUGGAUAGAGAUAUUUCUUUAUUUGGUUAUUCAUACCCCCUGAUUGAAGGGCGGGCAGAAAAUGAAGUUUCGGUCAAGUUGCCAAAGUAUCUUUUCUCUACAGUAAACCCAUUCAAUAUCACUUCUCAAAAAGCUGUUGGCGUAGUAACGUACAACAAUUUAAACAAGAUCCUUCCGCACACUUUCGAAGAUGAUCGGACUUUUAGGAUACCAAAAAAACCAUCAAUUAACAGUAUGAUAGUUUCAAUACAAGUUUAUUCAAGCAAACUGGACCACAAACCAGAUGAUGGAAUGGUCACAAAGCUGUUAGAACCGGUUAAAAUCGGUUUUAAACUGAUCAACGCAGAAGCCAUAGAACCACAGUGUGUUUUCUGGAACUUCACAACAAAGUCCUCACCCAGUUCUACAGGGGGUUGGUCCCAACGAGGCUGCACGCGCUCGUUUUCUAAUAAAACCCACGUAACGUGUGAUUGUUAUCAUCUAACUACGUUUGCUGUUGUUACGGAUGAAGACGUUUCAAGCGUAACAAAUCAGCUCGAAGUUCGAAUCCCGAUGAUAAUCGGUGUCGUCGUCUCAAUGGUGUUUCUAUUGAUAUCAUUCCUAUGCUCUCUUCUGCUACCUGGUGUCAAAUCAAUCCGUGCCCUCAUAAAUCGAAACAUUACUGGAGCACUUUUCCUCACGAAUUUAAUUUACUUGGUUGGAGUCCAGCAAACAUCAAACCUGUACUGGUGCAUGGCUGUUGCUAUACUGUUGCAAUUUUUGCUGAUCUCAGCAUUUUCUUGGAUUUUUGUCGAUGGGGUUCAUUUGUACAGAGUAUUAACUGAACGAAGAGAUAUAAACCAUGGACAAGCAAGAAUCUACUAUUUAAUUGGCUGGGUGCUACCAGCAAUUAUAACGGCCCUAUCUAUUGGUCUUGAUGCGAAAAGUUACGGAAACGUUAACUUUUGUUGGAUUUCAUUUGAUGAUGUCCUUAUAUGGUCUCUUGCAGGUCCAGUGCUCCUCUGCUGUGUUAUUUUCCUCAUCCUCCUGUGUCUAUCUGUCAAUGCGUUUCUAACAUCCAAGAGAACAGACAUGAAGAGAGAGGAAAUUCUUCACGAUUUGCGAGCCUCGUUUUUUGUGACCCCUGUUAUUAUGGGCACGUGGUGUCUCGCUAUAUUUGCCGUCAAUCUAAACUUGACACUGCAUUUUUACCUCUUCUCUUUGGCAGUAGCCCUUGAGGGAGGAAUGAUAUUUUUCUUUCAUUGUUUCACCAACAAAGAAGUUCGACUCGCGAUGACAAAAUAUCGAGAGAAUUGUUCUCGUAAAGUUGAUCACAACAGCACCACCCAGAGGUUGCUACAAUCUUCAAUGGGUCGCACUCCUGAUUCAUCGAUGCGUGACGGGCCCCUCAAAUAUAAUCAUUCAACGUCGGAAUCGAUUUCACUCAAUCAUCAGAAGUCAAUCAAGCAUUCUCCUGUUACUUUUGACGUUGAAGUAAGCGACUCGGAAGCAAGUGAUUCAUACGGUGACACUUCAUCUGACAGUUCGAUAUCGCUUGAUUCCAGCACAGAUGAUGAAACAACUCAAUCAAAUACUUAUAAAAAUAUACGCAACAUGCGGAAGCCAUUUAAUAACGGGAGGAACGAAUUACCGUAUGUUAAAACAAGAGGUAACGGUCAUCCACGAAAUGCCGAGUUUACUUCUUCUUUACGUAAAGUGGACGAAAAUCAUGAGGACGAAGUCUUAACAGAUGGAAGCAAUGAGACCUCGCUGUAACGAGCUGAUGAUGUCAUCAUAUAUGACGUAACAAACAAGUGGAACGCCCCACAAGAUGAUGAUGUCAUCAGAAAAGUGACAUGGGGCUUCAGAAAGGGGGGACACAGUUUUCGAAAUUUCAACAGAAGCUUUUUUAUCUAUUUCUACAAAACCGAACCCUAUUAUGACGUCACGAGUCAAAUAUUUGGGUGUAAAGCUGCUCUUAUGACAGUUUUAUGCAAGUACGGAAACAAACAAAAAAAAGUCACAAAAAGAUGAAAACUCUUCACUUUUGAAACAAGUUUUGUACGUACUAUCACAAGAAUAAAGUUGAAACGGUAUUUUUUCCUUUUUUUCAAAAAAUGUGUUUUUUGAUAUUUUUGACAAGUAGCACCAAUGACACUGUUUUUCUUUUACUUUUGAAUAUGUUUUUUUUAACGUUGGUACCAAAAAUGAAAUAUUUUUGUCAAUCUGUUAUAUCUGCUACCAUUAAAGCAUGUUAAUAACUUAACCGACAAAAACUAUAAAUAUAAAAACACACAUUCUGUAAAAAUUCCUUCAAAAAUAAUUCGCUGUUUUUACAAUUACCACAAUGUUACAUUCUUUUUUCUCGCAGUUUUUAAAUCGCGUUUUUAACAUUUUCAUAUAAAAUUAAUGACUGCUUAUGUAAUAGUGUUUUUAAUAACUUUAUUCAUAUUUUUAACGAUAUAUUUCAUAUUUUUAAUGACAUAUUUCAUGUAACGCUACAAAUUUUUCACGCCAAAUACUAAUCGUGAUGUCAUAUUCCAUUUUCUUACGUAAUUUAUACGAGUUCUCUUAUUGGUGCAUACCAUCCUAUACUAGCCAAUCAUAUUCUUGCACUAAACUUUAACAUUUUUAAACUUUUUUUUCCCAAAAAGAUAAUUUUUUCCCAAAAAUGACAAUUUUUCAUUUUUUCUGUUCUGUUGCAAAAUUUCACCUUAGAAAUUUGAAAAGUGCUUUUUAUUAUUAUUAUUUUUUUUUUUUUGCAUUUUUACUUUUAGGUUGUAGCUUUUUAACGUUGUUUGUUUGUUGUUGUAGUGUUUUGUAUUUUGACGUCUUAAACAACGAAAUUUUGUAAAUUUCUUUUUUCAGUUGUCCGCUAUUAAUUUAUUACUAAAGCAUAAGACAAAUACCUGCAGAUUUAAAAAAAAGUAAUUUCUGUUUAACACCCAGGCUUUUAUAUAGGCCUAGAAAUAAUGUUGUUUUACAGUUGUUUAUUUUAGUUUGUUACGUGUUUUUUUAGACUAGAACUUUCUGUUCGGGAGGUAGGGGUGUUUGUUUGUGUUAGUUUGCGCAUCUUAGAAGACGUUGGAAUGCUGUGAAGACACGUUUCGUACAAGGACAUCAUUUGAGGUUUAGCAGGUAAACUUGUUAGUAUUUAGGGUUGUGGGUUAUAAUGGUAGGCAUGGAUAAUAUGCUUGACCUCACCUACUUGACUGAAAGUGAACGGAAAUGGAUUUCCGAGGUUUUGGAAAGAGAUGAAGAAAUACAGAAGAGAGAAGAUGCGAGAAUAGAGAGGUUGAAGAGCAAAGCUAUGCGAACGAACAAUCCAACUAUCAGGAAGAAGAUAAACAUGAGGACGGGACAAUGGUUUCUUGAUCUUGCUGAUAAAGAUAAAAACUUUAAAAAUCGUGGGGUUGAUACUGUUCGUGCUUCUAUAAGAAGAAAGGGAAAAGACCGACCGAAACCUGCAUCUCCAGUUGCUACACAAAUAACUGAACUCGUGGAAAAAGAU